AUGGCACAAGACCCGCGGGCACUUUUGCAGAAGGCGGACAAGGCUGCCGCAUCUGCGAGUGGAGGCUUCUCACUGUUCGGCGGUAAGACCGAGAAGCUGGAGAAUGCAGUCGAGCUAUACACACAGGCAGCGAACGCCUUUCGCAUGCAGAAGUCUGGCAAGGAAGCAGGACAGGCUUUCGAACGAGCAGCUGAGAUACAAUCUGGAAAGCUGAGCGAGCCGGAUGAUGCUGCGAAUACUCUGACCGAGGCCUACAAGGCAUACCGAACGGACGAGCCUGAAGAUGCUGCUCGAGUACUGGAGAAGGCGAUCAACCAUUACACAUCGAAGGGCAACUUCAGAAGAGCAGCGACACAUAAACAGAACCUGGCAGAACUGUACGAGGUAACUUUGGGCGAUCAGAAGCGGGCCAUGGACGCAUACGAGACUGCUGCAGGGUGGUAUGAGACAGAUAACGCAGAACAGUGGGUUACACUGGCCAACAAGCUAUACCUCAAGCUCGCCGACAUCGCCGCGCUGGAAGGCGACUACCUCAAAGCGAUCUCGAACUACGAGCGCAUAUCGAAAUCUGCCAUCAACAACAACCUCAUGAAGUGGUCGGUGAAAGAGUAUUUCCUGAAAGCUGGAAUCUGCCAUCUUGCGAGUGGCGAUAUGGUAGCAGUGAAUCGAGCUCUGGAUUCAUACCGAGAUCUGGACCCUGCCUUUACACAGACCCGAGAGCAUCAGCUGCUCGUUGACCUAGCUGGGGCGGUGGAAGAGGGUGACCAGGAGGUGUUCGCCGACAAGCUGUUCCAAUUCGACCAAAUGUCGAAGCUUGACAAGUGGAAGACCACAUUGCUGUUGCGAGUCAAGGAGACGAUUGAAGGCAAGGAGGAAGACUUCGCAUGA